AUGUGUGGGUAUCUUGAGUGGUUUUGGGUUAAUCGUCAAGGGAAGAACUUCUGUGUUCUUGGUAUAGGAAUUUCCAAGAUGAGUAUUCUUAGGGCAGAUUACGGUGUUGCUGUCCAUGAAGGGGCAAAGGCUGUAGUUCCUGCUAAAGAUAUUGUUUGGGAUUCUGAAAGGGAAAAAGCUGGAUUUUCAGAGGAUGGCUUCUCUGGGGUACCAGUUUUCCAGUCAAGGAGUUUGGUACUGAGAAGCCAAAACAAAAGCUAUCGUCCAGUUUUCUUUAGAAAGGAGGAUUUAGAAAAAUCUCUUCACAGAGCAUCUCGCCAGCAGAAUAAGUUAAAUCCUGCUUUCAGAGAGGGUGAUAUUCAGGUUGCUGUUUUCGAGGAAAUAAUUAAGGGGAUGAAGGAGAGUAAUAAUUCAACAUGGAAUGAUGUUAUUUUCAUCCCUCCUGGGUUUGAUGUUUCAACAGUCCCCACCCAGCCAUAGGCAACUGGAGAGGCUUAGGUGAUGAUAUUUUUAGACUAAAUUCUCAAAUUUUUAUGCAAUUCUUGUCUUUUGCAAUUUUAUCUUUUGUCAUUACUGCUAAUCAUAUAAAUGAAGACAUUUCUAAAGUUGUGGAUUAAA